CUUCAGUUCUAUUUUGCCACUGGAAGUGUGCACAAGUUGCCGGAUAUACGGAUAUAUAAACAUAGGCAUAGAUAAGAAUAUUCAAAGCAAAGCAAGUGGCAAACAUCAAAUGUGUCUCGCAUCUCAUUAAAAUUCAGUAUGGGAACUUUGUCAAAAUUAUUUCGACUAUGGCGUGUUUUGCUGAUGCUGCUAAUGAGCACAAAAGUAUACGCCGCGUUGGCCAUGUCACUGCCUGGAGAUGGAAGUACAGCAUACUCAAAGACAUUGAAGGAAAAUCGAAGCAAGCCGAGCAAAACGAGCAACUAUUUUCUGCAUCAGCCAUAUGGUCCCAAUACGUAUGCCUUUGGCUAUGAGGUGGACGAUGCACAAACGGGCAAUGUGCAGUUUCGAGAUGAGAGCCGUUAUCAAAAUGGCAGCAUUGCGGGCAGUUAUGGUUUUGUGCGACAAGACGGACUUGUACAGGUGACACGCUACAAAACCGAUGAGAAUGGCGGAUACUUGGCACAUUCACAGAGUUAUUCCCCUGGGGAUCAACAAGUGGAUACAAUUUGGCCACAACAGCUUCCCCAGUUAUUCAAUCAUAGGCACCAACUGGAGCCAGCUCAAAAUGUUAGCUGGGAUGCCAGAAAUCAUUUGAAUGUGAGCGUGGAUCAGGUGGAGCAAACUGUGGCAGAUCAUCUGAAGCAACAUGGUCUGGACCUGUUCAACAUCAAUGUGACAGAGGAUCUGCUGCACUCUACAGCUCUUGACAUAGUCAAUGGCCGAACGCCUUUAAAAAGACAGCCCAAUGGCAGUUUGGCAUUUGAAAUACUGCAAGACUUUUUGCCCAACAAUUUGCCGGUGGUGCCAUUUGAGCUGAAGGCAAAAGAACUCACAACAACAAGUGCUGAGCCAAUGCAUGAAAAAUACAACAAAGCCAAGACCAAUAAUGAUGAGAAGGCGCCACAGGUGGCAGCUGAAGUCACCAAUGUGUUGCCAACACCGAAACCAUUAGUUAGCAGCAGCUCAAACGAGAGCAACUGGUACCAGCAAAUCAUUCAGGCAAAUCGUCGUCAAUUCCUUGAGCAGUUACCAAAUUUGAGUGAAGCUAAUGCUUGAAAUGUGGCACACAAAAAUCUGUUAAAAGUGGCUGCUCCACUAUAACCAUUAGCCAUGCCGACACGCCCCCUUUUCAGCGAUUAAUAAGUAUUAGGUAAGAGUGAGCAGGCAACAUCUUUCACUUUUCUAUACGUAAAAAGUUUUUCGCGCGACUCAUAAACCAUUUUAGCUGGCAUUUGCACAAGUAGUUCAGCAAAAAGAAUUUGAAUAAAAGUGCAUAAGCCCAACAAACAAUCGCAAAAGCUGCAAUUUACAAUUUACACUCGACUACAUAGACAUGGACCGCUCUGUGGCAUAUUUCGCAUAUCUUCCGGGUUUGCCAGGCACAAAUUGGAGCAAGUCUUUUAUCGCUAAUCGCGAUGGUUAUGCAUUUUUUUUGGACCUUUUCCAGCGAUCAAAGGCGGCAUUUUAAGACUUUGUCCAAUUUAUGGGUUAAAAGCUGAGCCAAAAAAAGUGUGGGCGACAAACAGGUUGGCAGUAAAGUCCACAAAUAUAUAUAUGUACCUAUAUAAAAACAUUAUUA